UUUUUUGUGAUAAUUUUUUUUGAUGAUUUAAAAAAAUGGAUCCAUCAUCAUCAUCAAUAAUGGAUCGAUCAACAAAUAUUGUUUCCAGAUUUAUUAGCCAAAUUUAUUUUGUUACAUUAUUUUAUCUAAAUUAUUUUCUCCAAUUAUUACGUUGGCCAUUUCGACGUUAUGAUCAAGAUUCCGUUGAUCAUCCAUCAAUACGACCAUCCAAAGCUAUUAUCGAUAGUUUAAUGGGAAAUUUUGAAAAUGGACGUUUAAUCAAUGCCAAUGAAAGUGUUGAACAAACAUUUCAACGUUUAAUCGAAUCUCGGCAAUAUGAAACAGCAAUGAAAUUGGCAAAAAAAUUUGAUUUACAAAUGGAUUUAUUAUGGAAAAAUAUGUGGCUACAACAACAAAAUGAAGAAAAAUCCAUUCAAUUAAUUGAUGAAUGUUUAUCAAAAAUUAAUGAUCAAAAAUGGAUUUUCAAUCAAUGUAUCGAAUGUAUACCUGAACAAUUACCUGUCUUACGUCAUUUACUCCAAUUUGGUAUCGAACGAAUUCAAAUGAUCAAUACUUCCACACAAUCCACCACCAAUGAUGAUAAUGAUGAUAAUUUAUUCAUGGCUAAAAUUGAAAAAACAUUAAAAUCAUAUCUAAAUCGAUUAGAUUUAUAUGAAAAAAUAUUGAAAUCAAAAUUUAAUAAUGAAAAUGAUUAUUGUGAUCAAUUUGAUUGGAAAUUUUUUGAAAAAUUUCGACAAAAAAAUUCAUUUCAAUUAGCUAUUGAACAUGCACAUCAAUCGGAUAUUGAAACACUGUCGGUAUUAUUUGCACAAGAAUAUCAAACGUUAGCUAGGAAUUUUUUUGUUAUCAUAUCAAAUUUACCGGAAACAUUAUCACCAUCCCAAUAUAAAGAUUUGAUUCGGCUGGCUAUUUCAACAUUGACGGAUAAAUUUUUUACCGUUUCAAACGAUAAGAACGAAGAACAAGAUGAUUAUGAAAAGAAUUUCUUUGUAAAUAACCCGAAUUAUUUAAAAUUUAAAACAGAAAAAUCUAUUGACGAUGAAUUUCUCACCGGUUGGUUUGAAUAUCGUUCGGAAAAUAUACUCAAUUUGACAAUGUUGAUUGAUAAUUCUUUAGAAUUAUUAUCAAUUGGUAUUGAUGAUUAUAAUCUACUGUCGUUGAGAAAUCUAUACGCUGAAUUGGAUCUUUAUUCAUUGUUUGUUUAUGAUGGUUUUUCCACAACAGCAAUGAUUUCAUUUGAAAAAUUUCGUCAAUUAUCGAUUGAAGAAAAAAUGAAUUUAUUAUUCAAUGAUAAAAUGAAUGAUGGUAUGAUUUUAAUUAGAAAUUUAUUUGAAAAAUUUUUUGAAAAAAUCACUGAAUAUUCUCGUCAUCAUCAGCAAACACAAACGAUGAACAUAAGUCGAAAAGAAUUACUUCGAAAAUUUCUCAUCAAUCUAGUUCAUAAAGAUUUUGAACAAUGUUUAAAAAUUUUUGAAACCUAUACAAUUGUAAAUCGUACACCGGAUCAAUUGAAACAGUUGAAAAUCCUUGAUGAUCCAUGUGAUCUUAUUGAAUUAGCAUUGGAUUGUAUUCGUUCAUAUUCGAAACCAGAUGAUUUAGAUUUAGCAUUUAAAAUUAUGGAAUGUUUACCUGAACGUGAUCAAGCAUCAUUGUUGAAUAAACAAUUAAAUCAUGGUAAGAAUCAAGAUCAACAAAACGAAUGGCUAGAACGAUUUAAUCGUAUGAAUGAUGAAGCUGAUGAUAUGGCAUAUCAUCUUUCAAUGGUUGAAUUUCUGUGUGAAAAUUCUACGAGAAUUUCUGUUAAAGAAUUGAUUCGAAUUGCAAAUGAAGAUAAAGCUGAUCAACAACAAUUGAAAUUUAUUGAAAAAAUUGUAAAUAAUUUUUGUAAACAACGUUGCUCAACGAGCAACAACAACAUUAGUGAUCAUACAACAAUAUCAAAUGAAUGGAAACAAUUUUUUGUUAAUCUUAAAGAUUUAACAAAAAAAUAUUUCCCAUUGAUUAAUGAUGAACAAUUAUUGGAACAAACUGUUCGAUGUUUAUUAUGGUCAAAUAAUGAAUAUUUUAUUCAAUUAGCAUUUAAACAUAUUGAUCAUGUGGAAUUAAGAAAUAAUUCAAAUUCCAGUGCAAAAAAAUUAAAUAUUGAAAAAGGUCGAUCAAUUCUGCGAUUGGUUAUUCAAGAUUAUAUUCGUUAUGCUGGACCACAACCAGAAGAUGAAAUGCUAAAAUAUGCAAAAAUGUGUCUGGAUUUUCUACAAACACUCGAUCCAAAUGAUUCGGAUACCAUUAAUCAUUUGAAUUUUUUGGAAGCAAUACAAUUAUUGAAUAAAGAAUUUCCAAAUAAAUUAUGGUUACCAAUAAGGAUUCAUAAUAUCAGUAGACAACAAGAAUUAUUGGAUGCAAUUUUAUCAUCCAGUAAUGAUGCACAUAAAAAAAUUGAUGAAAUUUUAAAAAUUAUUUCACUUUUAAAUCUUUUUAAAUCAUCAGAUGAUAAUUCCAAUGAUAAUGAUGAUAAUACCGAUGAUGACGAUGAACAAGAAGCACGAUUAUUGAAUAAAAUUGGUGAAAAAGCAAUUGAAAAUUUAGAUUAUAAAACAGCAAAUGAUUUAGCAAUAAAUAUUAUGGAUCGUAAUCUUCAAUCAGGUUGGCCAUUAUGUUAUCAAAUUUGUUGUUUAAUUAUGAAACGAAAUGAUGAAGAUUCGGAAUUUGGAUCAUCAAUAACAAUUGAUCAACAGCUACGAUUAUUAUCAUUUGUAUUGGCAAAUUGUCCAGAUAAUAAUAUCCAGAUUCAUUAUGAUUUAUUAAAUCAAUUAAAACACUUAAAACAAUUACAUUUAAAUCAUCUGGUUGAACCGAAAAUUUAUAUAAAUUUUCAUGGCCAACCAACAACAACAACAAUAAAAAUGAAAUGAAUUUUUUUCAACGUUUCUUGAAAUAACAGCUAAUAUCUUUGAUACCAGUUUUAUCCAUUUUGAUCAACUUUUUCUGUGUUGAUGUUAAUUUUG